AUGUCGACUUCGGAUGCCUACAAGGCAUUACCAGCCCCAUCUUUGGUUCCCCUUGCCAAUCCUACUCAGGAGCGACGCAGACAAGUCGUCUCCAAGGUCCUAAUGAAGGACACCAGACGCGAUCCGGAUGCCGUUGAAGCUCUCCUCGACCUUGCUGGGAACGAGACAAUCCGACAACUGCUGGGUCGCAACAGACCACCGCCGGCUAUCUCGGAAUCAUACUGCUCUUGGCUGGCCGAUAAAAUGGUCUGGACACGCUUCGCUCCUGAUGAGCCAUUUCCUUUUGAGGAACCAAAACUGUCUCCUGGCCUCUUCCUACAGCCAUCGGCCGAGUAUACCGCAGCUCUCCUAGGCCAUAGGUCCAAUCAAAGAGAACUCAUGCUUCAAGCUGCCCCGGGAAGCACAACCGAACCGAAUCCAAAAUGGCGGAUCGGAAAGUUUGGGUCUCUAGCCCAGAGGGUGAAGCUGCUGGAAGGUCUCGUGCACCGGGACUCGUGGCCUGCUAUCACCAAGACAAGACACCUGUCGAUCAACAGUCCCUUUGGUCUGACACUUCACAGAAGCCUGUGGGACAACAAUGUCGGUCAGCUCAAGCAAAUUUUGCCUGGCUCACAGACACUUCCCGCUGUUCUCUGCCCCUGGGGCCGUGGCUCACCCUUGCGACUGGAGGUUACUAGCUCCGCCCUAGCCCGUGGCUUUUUGGAUCUUGUCUUGCUGUUCGAUAGAGACCCAGCAAAACUCAUCUGCAGCCCUUUAGCUGAGCAGUUCGUACUAGGAUACAUGCUCAUGCUCAAAUGGUACCUCUACAUUUGUGGCCAAGCUCAAAGUGAGCACCCGGUCGGCGUCAAUCUGUAUGGUGCCAUUGCAUAUCAGCGCCAGAAGACCUUUGGUCACCCGCGCGACGAAGCCUACAGCUGGGUAGACAAUCCGAUCGAUUUAAAAACCGAGGCCACGUAUUCAACAUCGGAGAUCAGCAAGGCAAAGUCAUUCGAGGAAGCAAAGGCGGCCCUAUAUAAAGCUGCUGACAGCCCUUCCAUGUCUGGGAUCACGAGAGCGCACGCCUUGCUACUUCUUCACGAGAUCUGGGAGCGCAGAGGCUCAUUUCUUGAUCGUUACCAAAUUGAGAAAGAGUACGAUCGUCUGGUUACCGACUACCUUCUUCCCGACGUCGUCUCCAAUCUCGAAAACUUUUUCGAAAUCCACGAAAUGCCGGAGAAGAUGCGAGAGUGGGCCGCAGCGAAUCCGUUCAACAUCAAACGAAAGGACACGGAGCAACUUUGCGAGCUCAUGUGGAGGGCGUGGAGGCAGCGCAGCGCGGGCAUCGAGGAGAAACAGAAGAAGGUUCUCUUCAUGUAUCAAGUACAACAUGCUCGGAAGAUAUACCGCGAACGACUCGCCGAGCUCAAGCUUUGUGGCAAGGGGGUGGAUGAGUUGAAAGAGUUUGUUUCCACGAACGAAGCCCGGUUCUUUCUCUCGGAGGAACUUCGUUUGCGGUUGGCACUUGACGAGUACGAGAAGCAGCUUGAGGCUUCGGCACUUGAUGUAUGCCAAAAGGAGGGUGAGAAAGUGACCGUGGCUUCCCAGAAUGGCAAGCAGAAGAAAGAUUACCGAGCGGGAGCACAAAGACGACGGGCCGGCACCCACUGA